AAGCAAAAGAUAAUUAUUACGUAAAAAAGGAGAACACGAAACUUUAUAUUUUCCCUAAAAACACGAAAUCGAUCUUCCCCCAAUUCAAACUUCUUCUAUUCUUCGGAGUCUCCGUUGAUUCGCAGUCUCUUCGUCGCCGGAGGUCUCAUCUCCUUCAUACCUAGUCAGCCUGAUCGAUUCGAAUUCCUUUUUUAUUGCAGACAAAAAAGGUAGAUUCUCUGGGGGUUGAUUUUCUUAUAUGAGACAAGACAUGUUGCGUUUGUGUCUUUACGUCUAGGUAAUGAAGGCUAUGUGUGAUAGCUUUCUUCCUUCAAAAUGUUCUUCAUCAUCAACCGCAGAUGAGAAACGUGAUAAAUCCACACUUAAUGGUUGGACAGUAAUUGUAAACACAGCUACUUCUAUGGCUAGUGGCGCGAUUAGGAGGUUUCAAGAUCGUGUUUUAGGGCCGAGUAGGACCGGCAUUCCCAGCACUACAAGUGAGAUAUGGCUACUGGGUGUCUGUUAUAAAAUCUCAGAAGCUGAAUCUUUAGGAGAAGCAGAUGCAUUCAGACAAGACUUUUCGUCCUUGAUAUUAAUAACAUAUCGUAGAGGUUUUGAGCCUAUUGGAGAGACAACGUAUACUAGUGAUGUUGGAUGGGGUUGUAUGCUUCGAAGCGGACAAAUGCUCUUUGCGCAGGCAUUGCUAUUUCAAAGGCUGGGAAGGUCUUGGAGGAAAAAGGAAUCUGAGCCGUCUGAAGAGGAAUACUUAGAGAUCUUGGAACUUUUUGGUGAUUCUGAGGCUUCGGCGUUCUCCAUUCACAGUCUUAUACUAGCCGGAGAAUCAUAUGGCUUGGCUGCUGGGUCAUGGGUUGGACCAUAUGCUGUUUGUCGAUCAUGGGAAUCAUUAGCUCGGAAGAAAAGAGAAGAAACUGGUGUUGCCAUGGCUGUUCAUAUCGUUUCUGGCAGCGAAGAUGGGGAGAGAGGUGGAGCUCCAAUUCUCUGUAUAGAAGAUGUUGCUAAAGCUUGUUUGGAGUAUUCAGAAGGAGAAACUGAGUGGACUUCAGUUCUUCUCUUGGUCCCACUUGUUCUUGGACUUGACAAAGUGAACCCAAGGUACAUUCCAUCUCUGAUAGCCACUUUCAGUUUCCCUCAAAGCCUGGGGAUUUUGGGUGGCAAGCCAGGUGCAUCGACUUACAUAGUUGGAGUUCAAGAAGACAAAGGUUUCUACCUUGAUCCACACGAUGUUCAACAGGUAGUGACAGUGAACAAAGAAACUAAAGAUGUUGACACAUCGUCUUACCAUUGCAAUACACUUCGUUAUGUUCCGUUGGAAUCACUAGACCCGUCGCUCGCUCUUGGAUUCUAUUGCCGGGACAAAGAUGAUUUUGAUGAUUUCUGUGUACGAGCAACGAAGCUAGCAGGAGACGCCAACGGCGCUCCAUUGUUCACGGUGACUCAAUCUCACAGAGGUGGUGAGCGUGGGAUUGCAGAAACCAGCUCUGUGGCAUCAUCUACAGAGAUAUCUGGUGAGGAUCAUGAAGAUGACUGGCAAUUACUUUGAACAAUUUCACUAGUCAUUCGUCUUCAUUUUGUAACUUUGUCCGAAUUAUCUCAGUUUACGUCUCAAAACACCAUUCUUUCUACUUGGAUACGAAGAUUUGAUGUUGUGCUAUAACAAAAUAAAAUAAACACUGAUUAUGAUCAGUCACGUCGAAGAAUCUUGACAUUUUUUUAA